AGUUUGACUCAGUUUCUAAUAUGAAUGCUUUCGUCAUAAUAGGUGGAGUCCUUGGUGUACUGCUACUUUCGAUGAGCUGGACUAAGGUGCUCCUUAUAUGCCUCGGUGUUGUUGCUACCUUGCUGGCAAUACUGGUAGCAUCUCAAGAGAAGAUGCUAUAUAUGCCCGAGGUCCAGGGGUUCACCACUGUCGGUUCCAAUCCGCCAGGUAUGCGCUCUCCUGUCGAACUCGACAUGAAAUUCGAAAAUAUCAAAGUGGCAACUGCUGAUGGUCAGAGUAUUCAUGCAUGGUUCAUUCAUGCCAUUGGAGUUGCUGAUUCGUCAAUGGCACCAACAAUCGUAUUCUGCCAUGCUAACGCUGGGAAUAUGGGUUUAAGAAUGCCCAACUACAGGCAGCUAGCUUCGUUUGUGAAAGCCAAUGUUCUCGCAUUCGACUACAGAGGCUUUGGCGAGAGUACGGGCAAGCCAAGUGAAGAGGGUAUCAUGCUCGAUCUGGACGCGCUGUUCCAGUGGAUACAGAAUAACCAACAGCUGGUCGAUCCUGAAAAUAUAUUUUUGUUUGGUCGAUCGCUCGGUGGCGCAGUCGCAGCAGAGUAUGCUGCUAAGUUAGUGGCUGAGGGUCAUCCACCCAGGGGUGUUAUAUUGGAGAAUACAUUCCUCUCUAUAUCGCUCAUGGUGAACUCGUUGUUCCCUUUCUUGCGAUUUGACUGGGUCAAGAAGCCUUUCUUGAGGCUUAGAUGGGAGACUUACAAGCACGUUGAGAAACUUGGAAAGAAGUAG